GCGCGCACAAGCCGUUUGGAGAGCUGAGCGCGCCGCGGCCGCGCGCGCCAGCAGCAGUUUCCAGCGGAGCUCGUGAACCCUCCUGCUCUGUCCGUUGGCUGGUUCUCUCUCCGGCUCCGGUUCUCCUCGCGCUCCUUCUCAGCUCCCGCUUCUCUACGUUAGGUUCUGUCUCCCGAACCGUUACUUUGGACGCCAAACAUGGGUUGGACUCUCCCGGUUCUGCUGUCUGUCAUCUGUGUUGGACUUACGGCGGGAGUACCGGACGGACUGGACGUUCAAGUGAUCGACGUGCUGAGUCUCCAGGACUCCAAGCAGAGCGUGGCGGCCGUGGAGAAGCUGUCGGCCGGUCUGAGCGCGCUCACUGACGUCUACGUUGUGUCCACUUUUCGGCUGCCGGCGAAGCUUGGCGGAGUCCUGCUGGGCGUCUACAGCAAACAGGACAACAGGAAGUACCUGGAGGUCGCCGUCAUGGGGAAGAUCAACAAAGUUCUGGUCCGUUAUGUGCGAGCGGACGGAAAGCUCCACACCGUUAACCUGCAGAACUCAAACCUGGCCGACGGGCGGACUCACUCCAUCAUCCUGAGACUCGGCGGCCUUCAGCGAGACCACAUGCACAUGGAGCUCUACGUCAACUGCCGAUUGGCCGACUCCAGCCAGGGCCUGCCGCCAUUGGUCCCGCUGCCCAGAGAGGCUGAGAUGGUGGAGAUCCGACAUGGACAGAAGGCCUACGCCCGACUGCAGGGUGCGGUGGAGUCCCUCAGACUCUCUCUAGGCGGCACUGUUGCUAAAGCUGGAUCUCUGACCGACUGUCCCUUCCAAGGAGACUCUUCAGCCUACAACUCAGUGAGCGGCGAGGUGAACUCCAUCCUGGGUGACCACACCAAGGCUCUGAUUAGUCAGCUCAUCAUCUUCAACCAGAUCCUGGGAGAACUGAGACAGGACAUCAGGGAGCAGGUGAAGGAGAUGUCUCUGAUCAGGAACACCAUCCUGGAGUGCCAGGUUUGUGGUUUCCACGAGCCUCGCUCUCGCUGCUCUCCCAACCCAUGCUAUAGGGGCGUGUCCUGCAUGGAGAGCCUACAUUACCCAGGAUACACCUGUGGGCCCUGCCCGCCUGGAACCAGCGGCAACGGGACGCACUGUCACGACAUCGACGAGUGUGAGCUGCAGCCAUGUUUCUCUCCUGAAGCCUGUGUGAACUCAGUGGGGGGGUUCAGCUGUCAGCCCUGUCCUCCCGGCCUGUGGGGGGCGCCGCUGGCUGGAACCGGACUGGACUACGCCAAGACACACAGACAGGACUGUUCAGAUAUAGAUGAGUGUUUGGAUCUACCAGAUGCCUGUGUGUCUAACUCCGUGUGCAUCAACACCGUGGGCUCCUACAAGUGUGGAGGCUGCAAACCUGGUUUCCUCGGUAACCAGACGUCAGGUUGCUUCCCCAGGAAGUCAUGUGCGGCGUUGACCUUUAACCCCUGUGACAGCAACGCCCACUGCACCAUGGAGAGGAACGGGGAGGUCGCCUGCAGGUGUAAUGUGGGUUGGGCAGGUAACGGGAACACGUGUGGACCAGACACAGACAUUGAUGGGUACCCUGACCGUCCUCUGCCCUGCAUGGACAACGACAAGCACUGCAAACAGGACAACUGUAUGUACACCCCAAACUCUGGUCAGGAGGACGCCGACAACGACGGGAUCGGAGAUCAGUGUGACGAGGACGCCGACGGAGACGGCAUCAAAAACGUGGAGGAUAACUGCCGGUUGAUCCCUAACAAAGACCAGCAGAACUCGGACAGCGACUCGUUCGGAGACGCCUGUGAUAACUGUCCCAACGUCCCCAACAGCAACCAGAAGGACACGGACAGCAACGGGCAGGGGGACGCCUGCGACCAGGACAUAGACGGGGACGGUAUUCCCAACGUCCUGGAUAACUGUCCGAAGGUACCUAACCCGAUGCAGACGGACCGAGACAGAGACGAGGUGGGAGACGCCUGUGACAGCUGUCCUGAACUCAGCAACCCCAUGCAGAAGGACAUCGACAACGAUCUGGUUGGAGACGUUGUGACACCAACCAGGACACUCUAUGGCAGUGAGUAA